AUGGAGGUGGUCGAUGUCAACGCCCUGCUAUUUGCGGAUGAUCUUAAGCUCUUCAUGGAAAUUUCCUCCCCAAAAGACUCUUUAAAACUACAAAGUAGCUUGAUUGCAGUGGAGGAAUGGUGCAAAGGCAAUAAUAUGUCUGUGAACCCCGGCAAAUGCUCUGUUGUUACCUUUCAUAGAAUCAAAUCACCGAUUCUGUACUCUUACUUUAUAUCCAAUUCCGAAAUUCCAAGACUUUUGAACGUAACAGAUUUGGGCGUGUGUUUUUCUAGUGACAUGGGAUUUACUGAGCAUUUGAAUAUUAUUUGUAGUAAGGCUAACAAGAUGUUGGGCUUUAUAUCUCGAUUCUCUAGAGGCAUCAAUAAUCCUUCUGCCCUACGUUCUCUCUAUUGUUCGUUGGUAAGACAACUCUUGGAGUAUGCCAGUCCUGUGUGGUCUCAUUAUACAGUUGGUGCCGGGACUAGACUGGAGGCCCUCCAGCGACGCUUCAUUCGUCUGGUCGGUGUGAGGAUUGGCUACAACUAUCCUGAUGUUCCCGUGGAAGCAUUAACUGCAGAACUUAAUAUUCCAACUCUGUCUUUGCGCCGUGAUGUAGCAGAUGUACUCAUGUUGUGGAAGUUAGUUGGCGCCCAUGUGCAGUGCCCAGAUCUUCUCGCUGAAAUUGGUAUCAGGAUCCCUGUAAACACCAGAUGGGCUUUUCAGCCGCAAGUACCACUCCACGAACUACGACUUCAACAGUCCACUGGCAAGAUUUGUUCGCCUGGGGAACCGUGUUGCAUCAGAGUGCGAUUUUUUCGCUGA